AUGACAACGGCGAAGUAUAGGGCUAAGAAGUGGCUAGUACUCACGUACAUGUUCACUGCAACAAUAUGUGUUUUCGUUACACAAAUUCUUGGUCUCCCUCUCUUGUUAUUUGGAAAGAAUGUGUUUCGCAAGUACAUUUCUAUUACCAAAAAACUGUGCGGUGUUUUAUUUGCAUCAAUGACUGAACUAUUUAGUCCAACGCCUGUGACAGUUUAUUACGACGAAGAGCUGCGUAAUCAGUUUUUCCUGGAUAGAACUGGCUGCCUUGAGAGUAUAGUGCCGCCAAGAACAGUCGUCAUUGCCAAUCACCAACUGUAUUCUGACUGGGUUUACCUCUGGUGGAUGGCUUAUACCUCAAAUAAUCAUGGAAAUAUCUUCAUCAUGCUGAAGGACUCGUUGAAAUGGGUUCCCAUUCUUGGAUGGGGUAUGCAAUUUUACCGGUUCAUCUUCCUUUCGCGCACUUGGCAGAAAGAUCAAAAGACUAUGCGUCAGCGUUUUGACAAAAUUCGUGAUCCGAAAUUGCCAGCGACUUUAAUUAUGUUCCCCGAAGGCACCAAUCUCGUAGAAAACACGUACAAUCGUAGCGCGAACUACGCAAAGAAAAUUGGCGUGCCUUGCCCAAAACAUCUUAUGCUUCCUCGUGUCCGUGGUUUAUUUUUCACAUUACAACAGCUGCGUGAUACCAUGACAUAUCUAUACGACUACACGAUCUGUUUUGAAGACAUAGCCCCUUGUAAGUAUGCUGCGGAUAAAUUCCCUCUGUCUGCACUUUUCUUUGACUCUGUGCGCAUUGAUCGUGUGCAUAUGUAUGUUCGCCGAUUCCGCAUUGAGGAUAUCCCUACUGAUGAAGCACUGUUCACCGAUUGGCUUUACACAAGAUGGUUGGAGAAGGACAAGCUUGUUGAUGAAUUUACGAAAACAAAGCGUUUCCCUUGCUCUAAACCGCUUAGCACAACAAUUCGUUUAAAGAGAAAACUUGAGAUUCUUCCAGUUUAUACUGUUGUUAUCUUCGUGAUCGCCUUCUUCAUUCACUUAUUUAGUGGCUUUCGUAUUCCGUUAAGUGUUUAUUUUGAAUCGACACUUUCGUUAAAUCAUGUACUUUCGAAUACAUCGAAGAUUCCUAUAAAGACACUUGCUGUUACGUUGACUAUGAUUUUUUCAUAA